AUGUUUGUACACCCAGGCCAUCCGAGAAGUCUGAUUCCCACCUCUUAUGUGGCCCCAUCAGGAGAUGUGGUCGUAUCCAAUGCUCUCACCUCGAGUGCACAUCACCCUCGAAUAAUGUCCAGGCAAGACGAUUUACAGACGGUGUCUUCCUUCAAAGCUUCUAGAAAUACUUUCCCAGCCUCCGAUUCAGAUGCCAGAGAGCCCGGAAUGCCGGAAUCUAGUCUGGACCAUCGUGGCAGAAAGAGGCAGCUCGGCGCUACUAGUACGGUCACUCUUGGUCACUCUGCCACAACCAACGACCUCCAC